GAUCUUGUGACCCAAUGCUAUGGCCAAUACUGGAUCCUCACGCAAGAUGAGAAAGACUACCUGCCGGGCUGGAUGCCUAACAAUUCCACAAAACCACCAGACCAGUUACCGAAGGAGUUCCGUUACACUACUGCAAAGGAACGUGAAGGUUAUCCACGAUGGGGUCAACUAGCCUGGUACUCAGGCGGUGGCUAUGUGCAUGAGAUGCGCGGCUCCUCGGAGAAGUUGCUGAGUCAGGUGAAGACACUGCAGGAAACUGGCUGGCUGGACGAUCGCACGCGCGCCAUUAUCAUAGAAUUUGCUGUCUACAAUCCCGCCGUCCACCUUUUUGGUAUGGUCAACAUUAUGUUUGAGUUGCCCGGAACCGGGGGCAUACUUCCCUCCUACAGGAUUGAACCAGCAAAUCUGCUCUCCUUUGUUGACGUUAGUCAAAUGACAUUCGAGAUUAUAUGUCAGGGUCUCUUCAUUCUCGCACUUGUGGGGCUCCUAAUCAAAGAGGCACGUCAUCUCUGGGUGGAGAGAUGGGCUUACCUCCUCUCCCUGCGUUCUUGGGCCCAACUUCUAAUUAUUGUCGGCUCCUUCGCGGCCAUCGCUAUUUUUGCCUAUGUCAACAUCGAAACUAAAAAGCUUACCAGGGUUGCAAUGUGGAAUGAAAUUCUAGCCUACCUUGUAGCCGUCGUUACAUUUAUAGCAAUUCUCACACUUCUGCACAUUUUUCGUUUUAACAAACACAUUGGCCUUCUGGGCUCAGUACUUCGGUAUGCUAAUCGCGAUAUGAAGUACUUUUUUGUGGUCUUCGGGAUCGUCUUCUUUUCCUUCGUCACAACAUUCUACCUGCUCUUUCUCGACACGCUCGCCGCCUACAGUAGCUUCAUUUAUUCCAUGGAGACCAGUUUCCAGAUUGUGCUUGGUAAAUUUGAUGUGACGAGUAUGUACGAGCUGGAGCCCCUCCUUGGACCAAUGGUGUUUGCUGCUUUUACCCUCUUUAUUGUCUUCAUCAUGCUCAAUAUGUUUGUCGCCAUCCUCACAGAUAGCUUUGAAAUUGUCCGCAAGGAUCCCAGCUUGCAAUGUGAUGACCAUGAGAUGGUGGCUUUCACGUUGGCCAGGUUCAUUGUAUGGUCCGGAUUGAGUACUCACACCUGGGGCAAGAAGAUUCUGCUGAAGUAUGCGGAUAAUGACUUUGGACAAAUUUAUGAGGAAAGGGAGGAUCGUCAGACAGAAGAGUUGAUUUCUGAUUUCCAAGAGGCUGUGGACUUGUUUCUGUCGCGAGCCCGACGGGUUGAAAUUUCAGCUGUGAAGGAAGGCUAG